UGUGGAACGACGUCACAGCUCGAAAAUGAAGGCGCAGACUAGGCAGCCAUUACUGGAGCUUCACUAAUUAUUUCAUUUCAAAUAAAUACUCGCCGAAAAACCCCAUGGCAAAAGCCACAAGUCAGAUGUAUGAUGUUGUGUCUAUUCAGCCCGGCGUUGUCAUCUGUACCUGUUCGCAUUCACCAAUGGUAAGAAACCACCCCGACUCCUGCUCGCCACUUGCUGUCCCGGGCGCAAGCAGCGGCAGUCACUGUAACAACAUGGACGGUUCAGCCUCUGAGGCCCGUGCCCUUGGUACCUCUAUCAGCAACCAGGGCCCAGACCGCUGCACACAGCCAGUCCAGUCUCUGCAGCCACGUAAGAAGAAGCCAGAGGACUUCAAGUUUGGCAAGAUACUGGGCGAAGGCUCCUUCUCAACAGUCGUUCUGGCAAGAGAACAAGCAACAAGCAAAGAAUAUGCAAUUAAAAUUUUAGAGAAGCGUCAUAUCAUGAAGGAGAAAAAAGAGUACGUGAAAAGGGAAAGAGAUUUGAUGUCAAAUCUAGAUCCAUUCUUCGUCAAGCUCUACUUCACGUUUCAAGAUGACGAGAAAUUGUAUUUUGGUCUCAGCUAUGCUAAGAAUGGAGAGCUUCUGAAAUACAUUCGCAAAAUUGGUUCAUUUGAUGAGACUUGUACUAGAUUCUAUUCAGCUGAAAUAGUUUGUGCACUAGAAUAUUUACACAAGAAUGGAAUAAUACACAGAGAUCUGAAACCAGAGAAUAUUCUUCUGAGCGAAGAAAUGCACAUCCAGAUUACAGAUUUUGGGACAGCAAAACAGUUAUCGUCAGACAGUAAGCAAGCGAGAGCAAACUCCUUUGUUGGAACAGCACAGUAUGUGUCUCCAGAACUGCUAACAGAGAAAUCUGCCUGCAAGAGUUCUGACCUCUGGGCAUUGGGGUGUAUUAUCUAUCAGCUGGUGGCUGGUUUACCACCGUUCAGAGCUGGAAAUGAGUACCUGAUAUUCCAGAAGAUAAUAAAGCUGGAAUAUGAAUUCCCAGAAAAAUUCUUCCCUAAAGCCAAGAAUCUUGUGAAACAGCUUUUGUCACUGGACCCCACCAAGAGGCUUGGUUGUGAGGAGCUGGGAGGGUAUGACCCUUUAAGGGAGCACCCCUUUUUUGACACCAUUUCCUGGAGUGACCUUCACCUACAGACACCCCCAAAGCUCACCCCGUACCUGCCAGCUAUGUCUGAAGAUGAUGAGGACUGCUAUGGAAAUUAUGAUGACCUCCUGAGCCAGUUCAGCAACAUGCAGGUGGCCCAGUCCAGCUCGUCGCACUCGCUGUCGCCACAUGAAUCCACUCCGCCACAGCGGUCCAGCAGUAACAUUGAGCAGUACAUCCAUGACCUAGACAACAACUCAUUUGAACUGGACCUGCAGUUCACAGAAGAAGAGAAGCGGCUAUUACUGGUCAAACAGACCACUGGAAACCCUUGGCACCAGUUUGUUGAGAAUAACCUGAUCCUGAAAAUGGGUCCAGUGGAUAAACGAAAGGGUCUUUUUGCUCGACGGAGACAGUUGCUACUUACUGAAGGACCACACCUGUAUGUGGAUCCUGUCAACAAAGUGCUGAGG